GCGUCUGGGGGCUUGUGGGAGGUGCGCUGACCUCCGCCGCCGCUGACCCGUCUUCUGCCCUCAGCCCGCCGAGUGCUCUGCAAAGCGGCGGCUCGAGAGGGAGCCAUGGGGACGGUGCAUGCCCGGAGUUUGGAGCCUCUCCCAGUCGGUGGACCUGAUUUUGGUGCAUUAGGAGAAGAAGCUGAAUUUGUUGAAGUUGAACCUGAAGCGAAACAGGAAAUUCUGGAGAACAAAGAUGUGGUGGUUCAACACGUUCAUUUUGAUGGACUUGGAAGGACUAAAGAUGAUAUCAUCAUGUGUGAAAUUGGAGAUGUUUUUAAAGCUAAAAACCUUAUUGAUGUAAUGCGGAAGUCUCACGAGGCACGUGAAAAAUUGCUUCGCCUAGGAAUUUUUAGACAAGUGGACGUUUUGAUUGACACAUGUCAAGGUGAAGAUGCACUUCCGAAUGGUUUAGACGUUACGUUUGAAGUGACCGAAUUGAGGAGGUUCACAGGCAGCUACAACACCAUGGUCGGGAACAACGAAGGCAGUAUGGUACUUGGCCUCAAACUCCCUAAUCUUCUAGGACGUGCAGAAAAGGUGACUUUUCAGUUUUCGUACGGAACAAAAGAAACUUCGUACGGCCUGUCCUUCUUCAAACCACAGCCUGGAAACUUCGAAAGAAAUUUCUCUGUGAACUUAUAUAAAGUUACUGGCCAGUUCCCUUGGAGCUCACUUCGGGAGACAGACAGAGGACUGUCAGCCGAGUAUAGCUUUCCCGUCUGGAAGACCAGCCACACCGUGAAGUGGGAAGGCGUGUGGCGAGAGCUGGGCUGCCUGGCCAGAACAGCCUCCUUUGCUGUUCGGAAAGAAAGUGGACACUCGCUGAAGUCGUCUCUCUCGCACGCGAUGGUCAUUGACUCUCGGAAUUCUUCCAUCUUACCGAGAAAAGGGGCUUUGCUGAAAGUUAACCAGGAACUGGCCGGCUACACUGGAGGAGACGUGAGCUUCCUAAAGGAAGACCUCGAGCUCCAGCUGAACAAACAGCUCGUGUUGGAUUCGGUCAUCUCAGCCUCUCUCUGGGGUGGAAUGUUGGUGCCCAUUGGUGAGAAGCCGUCGAGCAUUGCCGAUCGGUUUUACCUGGGUGGUCCGACCAGCGUCCGUGGAUUUAGCAUGCACAGCAUCGGGCCUCAGAGCGAAGGAGACUACCUGGGAGGGGAAGCGUACUGGGCUGGUGGCCUGCACCUCUAUACCCCGCUGCCUUUCCGGCCAGGCCAGGGCGGCUUCGGAGAACUUUUCAGAACACACUUCUUUCUCAACGCAGGAAACCUCUGCAGCCUCAAUUAUGGGGAGGGCCCCAAGGCCCAUAUCCGCAGGCUGGCUGAGUGCAUCCGCUGGUCGUAUGGUGCCGGGAUCGUCCUCAGGCUUGGCAACAUUGCCCGCCUGGAGCUUAAUUACUGCAUCCCCAUGGGUGUCCAGAGGGGCGACAGGAUAUGUGAUGGCGUCCAGUUUGGAGCUGGGAUAAGGUUCCUGUAGCUGCAGCACAGCCCCUCUCGCUCCCUUGGGGAGACCCUCUGGGGUCCAGGCUGCAAACGAGUCGCUUGGUGCCACACGCCUUUCCCUCAGAGUACGCGCACUGGCGUGACACUCUGACUGCAGCCCUCAUGGGAGAUGACAAUAAAUUUUACAGACCAA